AUGGGGCAUUCUGAGUCAAAGGAAAGGCAAUUAUAUGCACAGAUGGUAAAAUCUAUGUUAGUAGCCCGAGGAGUUCGGGUGUCUAUGGAACAGAUAAACCGAUUUCUUAAACUUGUUCAAGAACAAUGCCCAUGGUUUCCAGAGGAGGGAACUGUCAAUUUAGAGACGUGGAAUAGAGUAGGUCAAAAGCUGAAAGAUUUCCAUGCAGGAAAUCCCCUGCGAACUCCCUUAGAUACAUUCUCUAUUUGGGGAUUAGUGAGAGAUGCUUUGGGGCCAUUGUGGGAACCCCCUACUGGGAUUGUGCGCUCUCGCUCUUUAGACUCCAUCCCCAAGGUGCAGGGGUUGACACAGCAGGUAGAAAACCUUUCUGAUGAUAUCCCUGAUGAUGAUGGAAAUUUGGAAGAUGAGAUGGUUAAGGAGGAUAUAGAAAAGGAUUUUCGUGAUCAUACUGAUUCUGCUAAUUCGACAUUAGAAGGGCACGUUCUGUUAGACAAGCUAGAAAGGAUAAAGUCAGCUUUGGAGAGAGUCCCUUGUAAGCCGCCUCCAUGGGAACCUCCAGUCCAACCUAGGACCGAGAAGGUUAAGGCAACUGCUCCGCCUUAUCAAAGUUCGAGCCGGCUAAUUAGUGGAUUCCCACGAGGACUGAGCACACUGCAGAGAACUUUAUUAUCUAAUGUAGAGGAGAGUUUUGAAUGUGGGUUCCCCAUAAUUGCUCCCGUUCAAGAAGUCGAUGAUCCUAAUAAUCCAGGGCAAAGAGUCAGACGCCAUACCUCAUUUCCUAUGAAGCUGCUCAAGGAGUUAAAACAAUCGUGUGCUCAAUAUGGGGCCACUGCCGCUUACACGAUGAGUCUUAUCAGUACUAUUGAAAACACUGCCCUAACACCAAAUGAUUGGAGACUGCUGGCCCGAUCCUGCCUCUCAGGGGGAGAUUAUUUACUUUGGAAAUCUGAAUUUCAAGAGCAGGCUAGAGAGCAGGGCCGAGUUAACAGAAUGACAGGUGCCAACCCUCAGCAGCAAUGGACCGCGGCCAUGAUAGAGGGAAUAGGACAUUUUGAUGGUGAUGAUGUGCAGCUUAGAUACCCUGAAGAUGUGUACAUGCAAAUAAAUGCGUGUGCUGUUAGAGCUUGGAAAAGAUUACCUACCACACAUCAACUUCAAGAGUUGUCUAAAAUUAAACAGGGACCCGAUGAGCAUUUUCAGGACUUUGUAUCCCGGCUGCUACAAGCAGUUGUCAGAGUCAUUAAUGAUGGGGAAGCAGGAACGUUAUUGGUAAAGCAACUUGCUUUUGAGAAUGCCAAUACAGCUUGUCAAACAUUGCUUCGCCCUUUUCAGAAAAAAGGGUCCUUGGAAGAUUAUAUCAGAUUAUGUGCCAAUGUAGGGCCCUCAUAUGUCCAGGGAAUGACCCUCGCUGCUGCUUUACAGGGGACCACCUUGGAAGGGGUAAUUAAUAGGACAAUGCAGCGGAAUGCGACCUGCUUUAGUUGUGGCAAAGUAGGGCAUUUCCAAAAAGACUGUCGCAUAAAGAGAGGGGGCGGCAGUACUAAUAAUAAUAAUAGUAACAAUAAAAAGCAACCAGGCACUUGUCCAAAAUGUAAGCGUGGCAAGCAUUGGGCGAAUGAAUGCCGCUCAAAAACAGAUAAAAACGGCAGCCCUUUGUCGUCGGGAAACGGGAGGAGGGGCCCAGCCCUGGCCCGGCAGACAAUAGGGGCAGCAACCGAGGCAUACCCAAUAAUGAGGAAGGGGUUGCCUCCAUUCACACCCGAAGAAAUGGCCCGACUAUCGAAAAUCUCUUCCGAGCAACACCCGGAAGUGCAGGAUUGGAUUUAA